AUGAACAUCAUCAUCAAACAACAAGGGUUACUCAAAACACCUCUAUCGCUACAGAAAAACAACACUUUCAAACUACUACUAAACAGAAUGGUUCAUCACAAAGUCACUAUUAUUGGCUCAGGUCCAGCUGCUCACACCGCAGCCAUCUACUUGGCCAGGGCCGAGAUCAAACCAACAUUAUACGAAGGUAUGAUGGCUAAUGGUAUUGCUGCAGGUGGUCAGUUAACCACCACUACUGAGAUUGAAAAUUUCCCUGGUUUCCCAGAUGGAUUAACAGGGUCUGAGUUAAUGGAUAGAAUGAGAGCACAAUCUGAAAAAUUUGGUACUGAAAUAAUUACAGAGACCAUUUCCAAAGUGGAUUUAUCUUCUAGACCGUUCAAGAUAUGGACUGAAUUCAAUGAGGAUGAAGAACCUAUUACAACAGACGCUAUCGUCUUGUCCACAGGUGCUUCUGCUAAGAGAUUGCAUUUGCCCGGUGAAGAAACUUAUUGGCAAAAGGGGAUUUCUGCCUGUGCCGUUUGUGACGGUGCUGUGCCCAUCUUUAGAAAUAAACCAUUAGCUGUUAUCGGGGGUGGUGAUUCUGCCUGUGAAGAAGCUCAAUUUUUAACGAAAUAUGGGUCUAAAGUUUAUUUAAUCGUGAGGAAGGAUCAUCUACGUGCGUCUACCAUCAUGCAAAGACGUGCUGAAAAGAAUGAAAAGAUUGAAAUAGUUUACAAUACAGUCACUUUAGAAGCUAAGGGUAAUGAGAAACUAUUGAAUGGCCUAAGAGUUAAGAAUGUUAAGACCAAUGAAGAAUCUGACUUAGAAGUUAGCGGAUUGUUCUAUGCCAUUGGUCAUACCCCUGCAACUAAGAUCGUGGAGGGUCAAGUGGAUCUUGAUGAAUCUGGAUAUAUUAAGACUGUUCCAGGUUCUUCAUUGACUUCAGUUCCAGGUCUCUUUGCUGCUGGUGACGUUCAAGAUUCUAGAUACAGACAAGCUAUCACUUCUGCCGGAUCUGGUUGUAUGGCUGGUUUGGACGCUGAAAGAUACUUGACCGAAUUAGAAUAG